AUGCAGCUAAGCAAGGCUCAGCCUUCGCCAGGGAAAGCUCUGGACUGCAAUCACAUCAAACCUACCACUGCAGGAGGCAGUGGAGAAGUGACAAAGGUCCCUGCUACUGCUUCCACCAGUCACUGUCUUCUGAAGAACUUUCAGCUGCUGAACAGACAUGCAGUUAACAUGACCUCCACAAGUCAUGAAGGCACAGGACUGCUGUAUUUCUUCUUCACUGCUGCACUGUACCCUUGCGGAUCUCAUGACUUGUUCUUUCCCGUCCUCUUCAGCCAGCUUGUGAAUAAUAAUGAGCAACUUGUUCUUGGAAGAUAUGGUGAAGAUGUAACUCUCCCGUGUCCAUUCACAAGUGCAUCUAACGUUGUAAUUCACUGGAAAAACCAGGAUAAUCCUGUUCACACUUACUACAGUGACAUGGACCAUUUGGAAACACAAUAUCAUAGAUAUGCAAACAGGACAUCCCUCUUUCAUAGUGAAAUACACAAUGGGAAUGCCUCUCUAACUAUCAGAAGAUUGAGCCUUCUGGAUGAAGGAAUUUAUACCUGCUAUGUGGGAACAAACAGUGGACGUACUGACCUAAGAGUGGUGCUAAAAGUGGGAGCUUUCCACACACCUUUAAUGAAAUAUGAACAAAGGAACACAGAGAGCUUUCUGGAAUGCAGUAUCCUGAGUGUUUAUCCUCAUCCACGUAUCACAUGGAAAAUGGACAAUGCACAUAUCUCUGAAAGCAAUUCAGAAGUAAUUGGGACUCUGGGUCCUUUUUAUAUUAAAAGUAUGCUGAAUAUUACAGGAUUAAACUCAUCUUUUGAGUGUACUAUUGAAAAUUUACUUCUCAAUCAAGCAUGGAGAGGGAAGUGGACAUUGGCAGGUAGUAGUCAUUGGAUGAAUCAAAGUGAGUCCAUUUCCCUCUGGUGUCCAGCCAGCAGCAAUUUUUCUCUCCAAAAUCAAGACUUCCUUGUUACUUGGUCCAGGGUAGAAAACGGGAUAUAUUCUGUCUUGGAUUGGCAUCUGAACUCUUCACAGGACACAACUACUAAUAACCCUCGAUUCUCAUGGAAGAAAGAGCUAAGAAAUUACAGUGACUUCCCCAUAACACUGAAGCAUCUUCGUGCUUCAGACAGUGGAGAAUACUUGUGUAAUGUUUCUUUGACUGGGUAUACAUUACUCACAGUACACAGGCUGCAUGUAGAAAUGGACCCUGUCCCUAUUGAUGAAAGUGUUAAUAAUGGUAAUAACUCCAAUGGAAAUGACAUAAGGCAUCAUUUUCUUCAUAGACCUAUUCUCAAUGGAAAGAUAAAACUAAAGGAAGGAAAAACAGAAGGAAGACACCAAUGUGGAACUGAAGUCUAA